AUGUCUUUGAAAUCAUCCGUUAAUAACACCCGCUUCGUCUGUGGCCGAUGUCGCCAAGCUCUAAUCCUAGCAUCAAAAAGGAGACGUUUUGCUUCAAAAGCUUCGACCAGACCUGAGAUAUACGAUGUCGUCACGGUGGGUGGUGGUCCAGCUGGACUUGCCCUACUUGCAGCGUUGAAAUCUUCUCCAGUAACAUCUCAUCUAAAAACAGCGUUGAUAGAAACUCAAGAUCUAACCAAAACUCGCCAAUGGAACUUGCCGGAGGACCAAUUUUCGAACCGUGCUAGUAGCCUGACGCCCACAUCUGUAGCAUUCCUGGAGAGCACAGGUGUCUGGGACCAUGCCGACCGAUCACGCGUCCAACCAUAUGAUGAGAUGCAGGUAUGGGACGCUGCCAAUGAUGCGACGAUGCAAUUCGACUGGCGGGGCGAGUCUCAGCGAUACAAUGCACCGCCACAAACUGUCGCGACCAUGACAGAAAAUGCAAACUUAACUAGAGGGUUGAUCGAACGAAUUGCACAACUUGGCGCAGAGUCAUCCCUCUUCUCAAGCACGAGUGUUUCGACGAUUCAGAAUGGGAAAGAUGAUCCCGAUGGCGUCGAUCUAUCUACUUGGCCUAUUCUAGAGCUCGAAUCCAAGGACAGCACCAUAUCUAACCCUUCCAAAAUCGCAGCCCGGCUUCUCGUCGGUGCAGACGGCUUCAAUAGCCCUGUCCGGACGUUUGCCGGUAUCAAUUCUAAGGGCUGGGACUACAACCGCCACGGAGUUGUUGCCACAUUAAAUAUUCAAAGCACGGAGCCUGAAGAUCAAUCUUUCGACUCGCUUUCCGCUUCUGAGGACGGCGCUUCAACCAACCGAGCCACCGCAUAUCAACGAUUCCUACCACAGCUAGGAGGACCUAUCGCCAUUCUCCCACUCCCCAACAACCACGCGUCGAUGGUUUGGUCCACCACGCCGCAAAACGCAGCAUACAUCAAAUCACUGCCACCACCAGGCCAGCUCUCAAUGAUCAACGCGGCCCUCCGCCUCUCCCAAAUCGACCUGCAAUACCUGUUGAGUCUUCCACCCUCCUCCCCGGAAACCCACGAAUCCGAGCUCCGCUGGCGUCUGCAACACACCACCCUCCCAGCAACCCUCGGCCGCCCACCACCAAUCGUCACAUCCAUCCAAGAAGGCACACUGGCCUCGUUCCCACUCCGUUUCCGCCACGCCACAAGUCUGAUCGGCCCGCGCAUCGCCCUGCUCGGAGAUGCCGCACACACCAUGCACCCGCUCGCGGGACAGGGGCUGAACCUGGGCCUCGCGGACGCGAAGUCUCUCGCCGCCACGAUCGCCUACGCCGUCGAGCACGGCAUGGACAUCGGCGACAUGAUGGCCCUGGAAGCCUACUCCCAGGCCCGCUUCGGGAAAGGCCUCCUGCUCUCUGGAGGCGUCGAUCUGCUCAACAAAAUCUAUCAGGUCGGCGGUGCCGCAGACGGCACUGGGGUGCUCUCUGGUGCGCUCAGCCGUGCCCGCGGCUGGGGCAUGCAGGCCAUCAAUGGCGGCUGGGUGCCCGGCUUGAAGGGUCUGAUCAUGAAACAGGCGAAUUAA